AUGUCUCAAGGGACGUUCCAACAUUUCGGCAAAGCGGCCGUGCGGGUCGCGAAGAACUACACGAAGGGCUACUCGGACACGCAGGCCAAAGUGCGCGAGGCGACGAGCAACGACCCCUGGGGCCCGAGCGGCACCCAAAUGAACGAAAUCGCACAGAUGACGUUCAAUCAGAACGACUUUGUGGAGAUCAUGGAAAUGCUCGACAAGCGGCUCAACGACAAGGGCAAGAACUGGCGGCACGUCUUCAAGGUACGCGUCGUCUCUCUGCAUCCCGUCUCACCAAGGUCGCUAAACCCGGGACACGCGCAGUCGCUCACCCUGCUCGACUACUGCCUCCACGCCGGCUCCGAGAACGUCGUCGUCUACUUCCGCGACAACAUCUACAUCGUCAAGACCCUGCGCGAGUUCCAAUACGUCGACGAGUACGGCAAAGACCAAGGCGCCAACGUCCGCCAAAAGGCGAAGGACAUCGUCAACCUCCUCCAGGACCCCUCACGCCUGCGCGAAGAGCGCUACGCGCGCGCCUCGAUGCGCGACCGCAUGCUCAACGGUUCCAACAACUACGACGGCGCGGACCCGGACGCCGAGAACGAGAACGUCCGCCGCCGCAGCCAGAGCACCCCCGCGGGCAGCACGCGGCGGCGGCCCCGCGGCGACGACGAGCUGCAGCGCGCGAUCGAGGAGAGCAAGCGGACGGCGGAGGAGGAGGCCCGCCGCCAGGGCCGCACCGCCGAGGAGCGCGACCUCGAGGCAGCGAUCCGGCUCAGCAAGGAGGAGGAGGAGCGCCGGGCCAAGGCCGUGCUCGACUCGAACGCGAACGCGCUCUUCGACGACCAGAACCAGGCGAAUCCGCCGAACCUGCUCGUGGAUCCCACGCCUCAAGGCCAGUUCGGACUCCAGCCCCAGUUCACGGCGAUGCCGAUGCAGCCCCAGUUCACGUCCUUCAACCCCUACGCGCAGCAGGCCCAGCAGGAAGCGAUGCAGGCAGAGUACCUCCGCCAACAGCAAGAAUGGAUGCGUCAGCAACAAGAAGCAGCGGCUGCCGCACAGCUGCAGGCCCAGCAAGAGGAGUGGAUGCGCCAGCAACAGCUCCUCCAGCUCCAGCAGCAGCAGCAGCAGCAGCAACAGCUGCAGAUGCAGCAGUCGCAAUUCAUGGCGCCGCCCCAGCAGCCGCUCGCCGUGCAGCCCACCGGAUUCAACUCCAACAACCCGUUCGUCCUCGGCGGACCCGCCGCGCCCGCGCCCGACAUGCAGCACGCCAACAGCGUCUCGUUCAACCUCGGCGGCACCUUCUCCAACUCGCCCGCGCCGCCCGCGUUCUCUCCGCCCCCGCAGUCGCACUCGGCGCCGCCCAUGCAGCAGCAGCAGCAGCAGCAGCAGCAACCGCAGAAGGGCCCGUCGCGGGCGGACCAGGACCACGGCCACCUCGCGAACCUGCUCGCGAACCGGGACGACGGCAUGGACACGUUCGGGAACACCGGCCUGCUCAGGUAUGGACAGCAAGCGGCGAGGGUGGUUGGCCAGCAGACGGGCCACGCGCAUAACCCGUUCCUGCAGCAGCAGCAGCAGCAGCAGCAACAACAACAACAACAAUACCAGGCGCAGGGUCAACAGAGUAAUAAUCUAAUCGACUUCUAA